CUUGCCUAGCCGUCCCAGUGCCCCAACCAUUUCACCUUCACCUUCACCUUCUCCCGUACUCUAUUAUCCUUCUUUUACGCCGCAGAAAACACCAGUGAGUGUAAUAGGCAACCCCCCCAAACAACAGAGGUUCUGAAUGAAUUUGAACUGAAUGGCGCUUCUUGUCUUCAGACCUCGCCAUUUCUCUCUUCGCCUUCUCAUGGCUACUGCUUCUUCUUCUUCUUCUUCACGUUUCCUUUCUUCUUCCUCUUAUCUUCACUCAUGUCCUCCUCCUUCUCUCACCUCCUCUUUUCCUCACUCUCUCAGGGUUAAUUUCAGAUUGAAGAGGGUUUCUAAUGGUGCAGUGGUUAGAAAUGUGGCAUUUCCCAGAGCAUAUAUAUCUUCUAGUACUGCCACCGAGUCUUCUCAGGAAAAUAUGGCUUCUAAAUCUUAUGGGUCUGACCAAAUUCAGGUCUUACAGGGCUUGGAUCCUGUUAGAAAAAGACCAGGGAUGUAUAUUGGAAGUACAGGUUCUCGGGGUUUGCAUCACUUGGUUUAUGAAAUCCUCGAUAAUGCUGUUGAUGAGGCUCAAGCAGGAUAUGCCUCAAAGAUUGAUGUUAUCUUGUAUGCUGACAACUCUGUUAGCAUUACUGACAAUGGGCGUGGGAUCCCAACUGAUGUUCAUCCAGUAACGAAGAAAUCUUCUUUGGAAACUGUCUUAACGGUCUUACACGCUGGUGGGAAAUUUGGUGGUUCGAGUAGUGGGUACAGUGUAUCAGGAGGAUUGCAUGGUGUAGGUCUAUCAGUUGUCAAUGCAUUAUCAGCGGCUCUAGAAAUCACAGUUUGGCGAGAUGGAAUGGAGUACAAGCAGAAAUAUGCCCGUGGAAAGCCUGUGACAAAUCUGUCAUGUCAUGUGCUUCCACCAGAUUCUGAGGAUCGCAAUGGAACAUCUGUCAGAUUUUGGCCUGAUAAAGAAGUAUUUACCACUGAAAUUGAGUUCGACUAUGACACAAUAGCUGGGCGUAUUAGGGAGCUUGCAUUUUUAAAUCCCAAGCUUACCAUUGCUUUUAGCAAGGAGAGUGAAGAUCCGGAGAAGAGUCGGUAUAAUGAAUAUUACUAUGCUGGUGGGUUGGUUGAAUAUGUGAAAUGGCUAAACGUUGAUAAGAGACCAAUUCAUGAUGUCGUUGGGUUUCACAGAGAAAUAGAUGGUGUAACUAUUGAUGCAGCUUUACAGUGGUGUUCGGAUGCAUAUUCAGAUACAAUCUUGGGAUAUGCCAAUAGCAUACGCACUGUUGAUGGCGGUACUCACAUUGAUGGCUUCAAGACUUCAUUGACAAGAACUCUGAACAGUUUGGCAAAGAAAUCAAAAGCUAACAAGGACAAAGAUCUUACUUUAAGUGGCGAACAUGUAAGGGAAGGAUUAACUUGUGUAAUUUCUGUCAAAGUGCCAAAUCCAGAGUUUGAAGGACAGACAAAGACAAGGUUAGGAAAUCCAGAAGUUCGGAAGGUGGUGGAUCAAUGUGUGCAAGAUUAUCUCGUGGAAUAUUUAGAGUUGCAUCCUGAUGUUUUAGAUUCGAUCGUUUCAAAGGCUUUGAAUGCUCUCAAGGCUGCUCUGGCUGCCAAAAGGGCAAGGGAGCUAGUGAGGCAAAAGAGUGUCCUGAAGUCAUCUUCGCUUCCUGGAAAACUUGCUGAUUGCUCUGCCACAAACCCUGAGGAAGCAGAAAUAUUUAUUGUUGAAGGUGAUUCAGCUGGUGGAAGUGCAAAACAAGGCCGAGAUAGACGCUUUCAAGCUAUCCUGCCCUUGCGAGGUAAAAUUUUAAAUGUUGAGAGGAGGGAUGAUGCAGCUAUGUACAAGAAUGAAGAGAUUCAAAACCUAAUUCUUGGUUUGGGACUUGGAGUGAAGGGUGAAGAUUUCAAGAUGGAAGAUCUUCGCUAUCACAAGAUUAUUAUUUUAACUGAUGCUGAUGUUGAUGGUGCUCAUAUUAGAACUUUAUUGCUAACAUUUUUCUAUAGAUAUCAGAAAGAUUUAUUUGAUGCAGGUUGCAUUUAUGUGGGAGUUCCUCCCCUAUACAAGGUUGAAAGAGGGAAACAAUUUUAUUAUUGUUACAGUGAAGCUGAACUUAAAAAACUCCAGAGUACCUUCCCUUCAAAUGCAUCAUACAACAUUCAGAGAUUUAAAGGGUUGGGUGAGAUGAUGCCUGCUCAACUUUGGGAGACAACAAUGGAUCCAGAAAGUCGAUUGCUGAAACAGUUGACGGUAGAAGAUGCGGCUCAAGCAAAUCUUGUUUUCGCCUCACUCAUGGGAGCCCGGGUUGAUGGACGCAAGGAGCUUAUACGAAAUGCAGCUAACAUUAUCGACCUUGAGCAGUUAGAUAUAUAAGAAAUAUGCUGUGGAUAUGCACUGAUUACAGCUUUCUACCCGAGACAUUGCCAUAUAGCCUGAAGUGUCGCAUAGGAUGUCCUCUUCGAGCUUAUGAGUAUUCAAAGAUCAAUCCCGAAACUAAUGCUCUUCUGCAGAAUAGUGGAAGCAUUUUCCACAUUUCUUGUCUUUUCAGGCAGGUUUCAAGUGCUAGAAGUUAUUCAUAUCUCAGGAUUUUGCUAGUUUUUGUAGGUGUCAUAUUUAUGUUCAAGCAUAUGAUUAUAGUCCCUCCCAAUUAGCGUAGAAAUGAAUGGUUUUGGCUAAUGUUCCAUUAGAUUUGUCGCAUUCAUUUCAUAUGUAUAGUUUUGUAGCAAUCACAUUUAUACAGUUUGUAAUCUAGAUAGUGCAGCUCUUUUUACUCAAGCACAGAUUUGUGUACCAAAAUUAUGAGUUUAAUUUUUGAAAGAAUUUCUAAAUACAUUUAAAUCA